AUGAGCAACAGCAAGAAGAAAUCUAGGGUUGUACCGACUGUGCGUCCAUGUGCUCUUGAAGAUUUUGUUAGUACUGACGGUGGAGAAGAACGGCAUUUCGAUUUCAUCACAGCUCUAAGGCUAGCCAAAAAGAACAUCAAUGUUGCAAUAACGGGAGUGACCGGGGCAGGGAAGUCCACGCUAAUCAACACACUCUGCGGUGUAGUUCCGGGAGACCAGCGUCCCGCGACACAAGGCGACAAUCUUUUACUCGAGACGCAAGAAGUUGCGAGUUACGUAGCGCAAAAGGCCUCGCUAUUAGACGAAGUUUAUACCGUCACAGUAUGGGAUAGCCCCGGAGUAAAAGACGGGACAGGGAAAGGGCCGUCAUACAUGCAACAGCUACAGAAAGAGUCUGAGGAUAGCAUCGACAUUCUGCUCUACUGCAUCGACGUUUCGCAGGCACGAUGUGUGCCAAAAGAUAUAGUCUCAGCAUUAGAGGUAGUGACCAAAAUAUUUGGUCCUAGUGUCUGGCGUCAUGCAGUCAUCAUCCUAACAUUUGCCAACGUACUGGAAGAAAACAUAAUUAGUGAAGAUGUUGAGGAUGGAGAUGAUACCAAUCACACCUUUGCCUCACGCAUCAAUCACUGGGAGGAGAACAUUCGACAUGCUCUCAUGAGAGCCGGUGUACCUGACAAGAUUGCCAGGGAGGUUCCAGUCGAACCAGCUGGGUACUAUGGCAGUGGUCUCAGUCUACCGGGCAGGGAUCACUGGCUUGGAAACCUGUGGUUCCAGUUUCUUUUGUCUGCGCAUGACAAGUCAAGGCUGGCGAUACUGAUCAACAGCCAACACCGCAUCAGAGAUGCAGAGAAUGUCACUCACGAGGAGCUCGAAAAACAACAGAAAGAAAGAGGUGAGAUUCCAAUUGUGGUGGGUCGCCAGUUGAUCAGCAAACUCAAGGCAGGAGAUAGUGUGGCUGCAGACACCAUAGCCAGUAAGGGGGAUAAGUUUGGAUCUGUUAAAAAACGUUUUGUUGACUUUGCCAUGAAAAAGAUUCUUCAGAAGAGCUGA